GCAUGUGGCGGCUGCGCUGGCAGACGUUAGGCCUCACGGCCGUGAGUGUCGGCUUGGCUCUGGAGAUCCUGGGCUUCCUGGUCGGCUGGCUGAGGCGGCAACGGCGCCGGAGACAUCGGCCCCCGCGGCGGGAGGUGCUGUUCUUCCCCUCGCAGGUGACCUGCACCGAGGCCCUGCUGCAGGCCCAACGGCAGGGAGGCCCUCCGGGGGCGGCGCCGGCGCCGGCGGCCACGGGGCCCGAAGUGCGGAAAUCGCCCGGCCCGGCCGCCGGGGCAGCGGGCUCGGGCGCGGCCACGACGGCUCCGGCCGCGGCGGCGGAGACGGCCCCGAGCUGCCUGUGCCCGCUCCCGCACGGGGAGAGCUCCCUGAGCCGCCUGCUGCAGUACGUGCUGUCGGCCCGCAGCAGCCUCGAGCUCUGCCUGUUCGCCUUCUCCAACCCGCAGCUGGGCCGCGCCGUGCACCUGCUGCACCAGCAGGGCGUCCGCGUGCGCGUGGUUACCGACUGCGACUACAUGGCGCUCAACGGCUCCCAGAUCGGCCGCCUGCGUAAGGCAGGUAUCCAGGUACGUCAUGAUCAAGGUGCUGGCUACAUGCAUCACAAAUUUGCCAUUGUAGAUAAGAAGAUGCUUAUUACUGGCUCUCUCAACUGGACCACACAAGCCAUUCAGAACAAUAGAGAAAAUGUUUUGAUUGUGGAGGAUGAAGAAUAUGUGAGACUUUUCUUGGAAGAAUUUGAACGUAUUUGGGAGGAGUUCAACCCUGUGAACUAUACUUUUUUCCCUCAGAGAAAGUGAAGCAAAGUAAACCAAAGUCUUUCUCUAAUGUUUUCCUUAGGGUUAUAGGUAAAACAACUUACAGUGAGGUCUUUUGGACAAUUUGAAGAUGGACCUCAUAUACUGAAUCUCAUGCUGUAGUAAGUUGUAUUGUGGCAAGGUUUCAUCUAACAUGUUCAUUGCUGUUCUGUAGUAAGAAAAACUUUAAUAGCAUUAAUUUUUUGUAAACAAAGUAGAUACCCAUUGGUUUUUAACAUUUUAAUUCUUAUUUGUUUACAAAAAUCUGUUGAACUAUAUUUCUGUGUUCAGCUGAGAUUUUCCAUCUCCCUUAUGAACAUGCUUCUUUCCAUAUGAUUAGUUAGCUCAGCUCUAAUAAGAGUAUUCAUCCCUGAUUGAGUUGGCAGUCUCUUGAAGGUAUUGACAGGCUUGAGUUGGAAGUAUAAAAAGGAACAAGAAGAGGAGAGGAAAAAGGUACAUAUGGUGGUUGAGUUUCUUCUGGACUGUAGUACUACUUAUCCUUUGCUAGCACAGCAAUCAUUCCAUAUGGUAGAGGAGAGA